AGGGUGGAGACCUCUGGUUAAAUUCUCUCUCCUUUGUCUCUCUCUCCUGUCAUUCCAUGCCAGGAUCUGGGUUUGUAACCUCCUCCAGGCCAAUUCACCCAAGGCUUCCUCUGGGGAAUCUGCAUCUUAAUUCAAAGGCUGCUCCAGUCCCCCCAAGCCCCAGCCCUGCUGCCCCUCCUUGGAAUGGAGCCGGUGCCACCCCCUCCAGUCUCUCACCUGAAUGGCAACUGGCACUACCAGUUCCGGAUCAUCCUGCUGGGGGAUUCCACCGUGGGCAAGUCCUCCCUGCUGAGGCGCUACGCUGAGGGGUCCUUCAUCCCGGCUCCCUGCCCCACCGUGGGCGUGGAAUUCUACAGCAAGAUGAUGGAGCUGCCUCCAGGCAUCAAGGUGAAGCUGCAGCUUUGGGACACAGCUGGCCAGGAGAGAUUCAGAUGCAUCACCAGGUCUUUCUAUCGGAAUGCUGUGGGUGUGCUGCUGGUGUUUGACAUGACCAACCGUAAGUCCUUCGAGCACAUCAUUGAGUGGUACCAUGAAGUGGCCAGCAUCCAGAUUAUGGAGAAGGUGGCCAUGGUGGUGAGUGGGUUUCCAUCCAAACACUACUGGAGAGACAAGAGAAAUGAAUUGAAAUCCCUGUCUUAUAGGGAUUUUUGA